ACCCUGGAAGGGCCAACCAACCGUAUGAUGUCGCUGUGCCCACAUCAACUCCAUUUCACAGCAUUUAAAGCAUUCCAGCCGAUGGGGACCUACAUGUCUGUACCGACGGCCGAGUCUCUCCAUAACGCUGCUGCCGUUGGCUCCAUCGGUGGGCUCACCAGCAGUACCAGGUUGAGCUCCAUGGUCGGUUGGUGUGGCUCAUUCAUAAGCCUCUCUCACUCUCUCUCUCUCUCUCUCUCUCUCUCUCUCUGUAAGUCUUCAUCACUCUCUCUCUCUCUCUCUCUCUCUCUCUCUCUCUCUCUCUCUCUCUGUAAGUCUUCAUCACUCUCUCUCUCUCUCUCAGACACGCUCACACACACACACACACACACACAGUAAAUCGGGAGCGGACGAGGGAUGGGUGCCCGCCGAGAUGAUGAUAUCUCUUCAUGGCUUUCAGUCUUCCGACCCUCCUCAUAUGCACUUGCAGUUGUGUGGGGGCGGCCACCAGCCUUACUUUUGUCAGGAUUCUGGGGACGAUCCCCAGCCUGCCUUGGAGGAGGACGGCAUGCUCUCACCGAUGCAUGGAUAUGGGACACGGAUGAGCCCACCCAGUCGUGGAGAGAGUGAGAGAGAGCGCGAAAAGAGGAGUGACAACACGCCAUAAAGCAACCCUACUCCUUCCUAGCUUUCACCACUCCCCUCUUUCUUACUCCUCCCAAGUCCUUGAUGAGGACCAUCGACAUGGGAAGAAGCACUCCUCGUGACUCCCCGUCCUCCCCUUUCUCUUCCUCCUCCACCAGAAGACACUUCCAGUGGAGGAUAAACAAGUGUCCCAAGGAAGGAGCAGCUGAGAGGAAGGAGCGAGAUGACCAGCCGGAUGAAGAGAAAGCCGCUCCCUCUUUCUUGGCCUCCUCCUCAUCCUGUCCUUGCCGAGAAGAGACGGCCGCCGCUGCUGUGCCCAAGAAGAAGAGGACUGCUUCGGUCGCAGACGCUGCGGUCUCCAGGCUUCGGUCGCUUCUCGCGGCCGCGCCUUUCCUCCGCCGGAACCGGAUGGCGGGCCUCGGCGCCCACGUCACGGGGACGCUCUACGGGCACCGACGCGGCCACGUCCACCUCGCCUUCCAGGCGGACGGCAAGUCGUGCCCGGUGGUGCUGGUCGAGCUGGCCACGGCCACGAGCGCGCUCGUGCGCGAGAUGGCCUCCGGCCUGGUGAGGAUCUCGCUCGAGUGCGAGCGCAAGUCAGGCGGCGGCGGUGAGAAGGCGGAGACGACGACGACAACGGCGACGAGGCUGGUGGAGGAGCCGCUCUGGCGGGCGUACGUCAACGGCAAGAAGUGCGGGUUCGCGGUGCAGCGCGACUGCGGGCUGGCGGACUGGAAGGUACUGAGGGCCGUCGAGCCGGUGUCCAUGGGGGCCGGUGUGAUCCCAGGCGACGGCGGCAGCACCGACAGGGAUGUGAUGUACAUGCGAGCAAGGUUUGAGAGGGUGGUCGGCUCCAAAGACUCGGAGGCCUUCUACAUGAUGAACCCCGACAACAACGGCGGCCCUGAGCUCAGUGUCUAUCUUCUCAGAGUCUAACAACAUCAGACUCUGCUGCUUUGUUUGUGAUAAUAGCCAAACUCCUUAACAUUAAAGUGUAAUCUACAGGUUGUGCUUAGGGUGGGAUGAGUCGCCUUUCUACUUCUUCUCUGGGUAUUGUAAUCCGUCCUCUGUUACUGCUCACUGUGAACAUAAAUCUGCACUGGCUUUUUCCAAGGAAAGCUUCGGCACGGUCUUUUA